GACCAGGCCGCCAGUAGUACUGUGCACCCAACUAGGCGCAGAGGGUGAUACAAAGAGGACCGUGAAUCCAGCGGCAGGCCGAAUGAGGCCCCCUCAACUCAGAGAGAAUCGUACCAUCGCCAAGCGACCCGAUCGCCAACAUGUUAUCAGGGACGGACCUAGGUUCAAUUCUAGGGGUCUUCGGGGCUCUCUGGUUGAUCUACCAAUGGCUGGUCCCCGGGACUUUCUUGUCCAAGCUGGGGAGCCCCGAGCGCCAGCUGCCUCCGGGCCCCCGGGGACUCCCCAUCGUUGGCAACAUGUUCCAGUUUACCAAGGCCCGUGAUGCCGGACUAUGGGCGCCUUUCCUGGCCUCACUUCUCCAGUACGGACCCAUGACCACCCUCCAUAUGGGCUCCCAAACCUGGGUAGUCCUCAACGACCCCCGCGUCGUCAACGAUAUCAUCAACAAACACGGCAAAAUCACCCACGAGCGGCCGGAGAUGCCGGUCGCCGGGACCCUCGUCAGCCACGGUCUGCGGACGGUCAUCCGGCCCACGGCGGGCUGGACGGAAGGCCGACGGGUGAUGCACCAUCUGCUCAGCGGAUCCGUGCUGCGCGUCUAUGGCAACUGGCAGGAGAUCGCGUCGCUGCAGAUGCUGGCGGCGUAUCUGCGCGAGCCCACGCGGUGGUACGCACAUCACUACCGCUAUUCCAUCGCGGUGCUCUAUCGGCUCGUGAUGGGCGAGCAUCUCGACAAGACGCAGACCCAGCUGGACGAAUACCAGCAGGUCACGAUGGAGUUCACCUGGAGCCUGCUGCGCAGCUUCGUGGAUUACUUCCCGCAGUGCGACCGGUGGGUGCCCACCCGCUUGCAAUGGUGGCGGCCGGGGUGGGCGCAGAUGGGGGACCGCCAUCACCGGGUCUUGCAGGCCUGGUGGGAUCCCAUCCGCACGGCGGUUCGCAAUGGCACUGCGAAGCCGGGGUUCGUGAGAGACACGCUCCUGCACCCGGCGAUGCGGUACAAGGGCGGCGAAGAGGAGGCCAUGUACCUGGCCACCUCGGUCAUUGCGGCGGGCAGCGACAACACGCGGAUGACGCUCAACACCUUCCUCAUGGCGAUGAUCAGCCACCCAGAGACCAUGGCUCGCGCGCGGAAGGACAUGGAUGCGCUCUGCGUCGGCCCCGACGGUGCGCUGCGUCUGCCGGGGAUGGCCGAUUGGGAGCAAUUGCCCUACCUGGCGGCGAUGGUCAAGGAGGUCCUCCGCUGGCGACCGACGACCCCCAUCACCCCCCAGCACCAGUUGACCGAGGAUCUCGAAUACGCGGGCUACCGCUUCCCGAAGGGGACCUGUUUCGUGAUCAAUGGGAUUGCCCUGAGUCAACAAUGCGAGGAACCGGAUCGCUUCGAUCCGUCGCGGUGGAUGGAUGGAAACGAGGGGAAUAUCACCCACGGGCUGUGGGCCUUUGGGGGUGGACGUCGCAUUUGCGUCGGAUAUCGGGUGGCGCAGCAAGCCUUGUAUAUCGCCAUGGCGAGGAUUAUCUAUUGCUUUGACUUGGUAUCGGAGGGUCCUGUGAACACGCGCAAGCUCAACCACUUCUCUCUGCAUCAGCAGCCUUUUCCGGUCAAGGUGACGGUGCGCAGCCCACAGCAUGAGCAGCUCAUUCAACAGGAGGUGGCCACGACGGGGAACGUGUUCCCACCGAUGUGAUGGCGGGAUGCUUUGGUGUAU